AUGGCCCAAGUGUUUGACAGUAGUGGCCUCUUCACUCCAGGGCCUCCCUCCCUCCCUGCAGAGGCGGGCUGCAGAGCCCAGCGGCUAGCUCGCAGCGGCAUCUCGCUGGUGGUCCUGGGCCACUUGACCUUGGUGCUGGGGGCCAUCAUCCACGGCGCCCUCCUGCGCCACGUGGCCUGGCCCGCGCACACCAUCACAUUGGAGUACGCCAUGGCUAAUGUCGUUGCGGUGGCUUCUGGGCUCUUGAGCAUUGCUGCCGGCGUCCUGGCGAUCCUGGUGUCCCGGAGCUUCUCCCACCGUUACCUGCCUUGGAUCCUGGUUGUUAUCGCCCUGGCAAAUGUCCUGAUCUCAGGAGCCUGCUGCGUGGGGCUGGCACUUGCCAUCUCCCUCACUGUUGUCAACAGUGGCCGUCAUCUCUUUACCGGUUGCAACAGUUCUGCCCUUCCAGCUGAUGCCCGCACUGUGAUAACAAACGAGUGCCCUUUUGACACUACCCGCAUCUAUGACACAGCCCUGGUCCUCUGGCUUCCUUCCUUGUUGAUGGCAGCAGUGGAAGCCGGUUUGUCUGCCUGGUGUUGCAUAGCCUCCCUCUCUCUCUGUGGAAUUGGCCCCUCUUCAGCCUCCUACAAAGUGGCCCUGCUUCAGGCAGCUGCCCCACAGGAGGUGGCUGCUGAAGAAGGCUCUGAAGGGGAGCCUCACCACCAGCCUCUGGUUGAAAUGGACGAGGAAGAGUGCUGCCUUUGAGAGUGGAGGGAAGAGAGUGACCCACUUUUGCUGCUAGACUGUCCUUCAUGUUCUUGCACGGACAGAUGGGCUUGUGUUCAAGGUGCAGAGCUGGCCAGGCAGGAAUCUCUCCCAAAUUGUUUUU